GUUAUUGUUGGUUAGUGUUGUCGCUCAGAGUUGGAGCAGCACUACUGUUGAUCGGCGUUGCUCAAAAAUUAUGAAAAAUCUGGCUGAGAUAAAUAUGUCAGUGUGAGAGGAGAUACGAAUGUGUAGAAAAAAAAAGAAAUUCCCAAGAUAGAAGACGAAGAAUUGUAAGGAAAAAAGAGGAGGAAAAUUUAUUGUUAUCAGGAAACUGUGAGAGGAAGAGUUGUGUGGUGGAGGAGAGUUGGAGAAGAGACGCUGGGGCAAGAUGCAUUUCUGAACCUCACCAACUUCACCACCAACAACAACAACAACUACAUGUCAUGGUAUUUAUUUCAGGAAUGUUGCUGUUGCUGCUGGAGACGAUCCUCAUCCUUCCUCCAGUCUUUGCUGUUCCCCGCUCUCACUUACCCCUCCAGUACCACAACUCGAGCCCUCUUCAAGCACAGGUGCCCUCUCCUCCCCUCUACGCAUGGGUACCCUUUCUCGUCAACGAAAGCCGUUCAUCAGAGGACAACUCAGCACUGCUGAACGUCAGAAGUCCCACGAAUGUUCCAGCCCCAGCCAGAGGGGACCCCUCCCUAGUUCCAGACGGAAGGGGCCUCCAUGUAGUCACAAAAGAAAGGGAUCCUUUUAAGUUUCCAGAGAAGAAGGGUCCAUCUUUUCCUGCAGCAGGGGACGUCGGAGGGAGCGGAGGUCCACAUUAUGUUUAUCAUCAUCGUUCACAGGAGGCGGAGGACGUGCGGAUGGACGCAGACCUCUCACAGAGGUCGUACGACAGCCACGACGCCAGCCAUGACGCCAGCGACAGCAGCCAUAGCGUCAACCUCGUCAACAACCAGGGCGCAGUUUACGAACCUUCUCCGUCUAGUGAGUCUAUUCGAGCAUAUUUUGAGCCCACUGAUUCAGUCCACGAACGCACCGAGAUAUAUGGCGUCAUCAGAGAACGUUCUCAAUCCGAUGACGUUAUCCACGAACGUCCGAAGCCCGCUGACGUCCAUUCAGAAGAGUGCUAAAGACAGUGAAGUCCUCGACGAAGGCGUCUUACAGCCAUUCAUCUCAGCCUUAACUGGAAGCUUCAAAAAGUCUUGGCUGAGAGGUUCCUCAAGCACAACUUCGGAACUUGCACGAGUUAUGGACUUCGAUGUCUCAAUAACCGAUGGAGAGACUCUCAUCUCGUCUCAGAGACAAAGAGAUGAGGCAGUCACCCACGAAGGUGGUGAGGAUGGUGAUUGGAAGGAAUGUGAGCGAGACAGGAAGGUGGAGAAUGACUCCAAAGAAGAUAAGGGAGAGAGAAACAAACGGAAUAUCAUAGUAAGGCAAGAAAAAUUGUCGAAGGAAGAAGAAAAUGAGGUGGAGACCUCAGAUCUUAGACUGGAUGAUGGUGA